UCUCAGUGUACAUACUAUCAACAAAUAGAAUCUAUUGCUCUCAAUUCUCACUAUCAAAGCAACCAUGUCCCGCAAACUAUGCAUCACCGCCGUGGACGGCCAUACCGGCUCCCUAAUCGCCGAGCUGAUCCUGACGGACCCCAAGUUCACGAAAGCCGUCAGCUCCGUGAUCGGCCUGACGCUGCACCCGGACGCCAGCGCCUGCAAGGAGCUGAGCAAACUGGGGGUGAAUAUCGUGCCCCACAAGCCGGGCCGCCUCCGCGAGAUGGUCCGGUCACUCAAGGAGACGGGGGCGGACGCCAUAUGCGUGAUCCCGCCCGCACACCCGGACAAGCUCGACAUCACGAGCGAGCUCAUCGAGGCGACCAAGCAGGCCGGGGUCGCGAAUGUGUGCAUGAUCAGCUCCGCCGGCUGUGAUCUCGCCGAGCGGGACCGACAGCCCCGGCUGCGGGAAUUUAUCGAUCUCGAAGUGCGGCUGCUCGCGUGCAAGGGCGAUCCCUCCACUUCCACCGGUCACUCGCCGGUUGUUAUACGACCCGGAUUUUACGCGGAAAACCUGCUGUUGUACUCCCGCCAGGCGCAAGAGGAAGGGCUCCUGCCGCUGCCGAUUGGCAAGGACCAUAAAUUCGCACCCAUAUCGCUGGGGGAUGUUGCCCAAGUCGCAGCGCAUGUCCUCUGCGGGAAGGGCAAGCACGGAUUCAGUGACAAGCACCGAGGUCAAUUGAUGGUGCUGACGGGCCCGAUGCUUGCCACAGGCGACGAACUGGCGUCUGCAGCCAGCCAGGCCUUGGGAGAAGAGAUGAAGUUCGAGGAUAUCUCCGAAAACGAAGCCAAGCGAGUCUUGCAAGCGCAGUCAGACAGCGACCAGUCCGAGGUGCAGUAUUUGCUAGAAUACUACUCGUUGGUGCGCGAGGGCAAGACCAACUACAUUUCCACCACGGCGUUCCAUGACGUCACCGGGGGUCAUCCCCAGGAACCCCCGGACUUCUUCAAGGUCUAUGCCCAGGAGUUUCAUCCUAAGCGCGCCAACAAGAGACGUAAGCUGAGUGGGGGCCAGUGAGCAUGGUUACAGUGGCUUGCGGUGAUGUAGUGAGUGGAUCAUUGUAGAUGUUUUCGAUCGCUGGUGAUAGUGGUGGCGGUGAUGGAUGCAUCCAGCUCGUGUUAAUGCCAAGGAUCAAAAGCCAGCCUUCGUGUUACCCCACAAAAUUCCUGUAUCUGCGGGGAUGAUCUGUGAAUAUUGCUUGUUUGCCACUUGACUUGAAUUGAAAUACAUUGACUGUGAUUCGUGGGUCAGAUGAGGGGUUGAACCUCGAUU